AUGACCCGAAGGCUACAAGUAGUGGUAUUGACUCGGGCCUAUAACAUUUUCAAAUACCUUCAUAUCUAUCUAUCUAUCUAUCUAUUAUUAUUAUUAUUAUUAUUAUUAUUAUUAUUAUUAUUUAAUAACUUUAUUGUGCGUCCUUCUCUAACCGUAACCAACCAGACCCUCUCCCUUCUCGAUCCUCCACUCUCUCUUUCUUUCUGGUCAUUAUUUUCUUUCAUUGUCUUCCGCUCUGUGUUCCAAUUCGACUUUACCACUCUCACUUGUUGGCCUCUUAACAACGCAAACAUUCACCAGUAUUUUUUCAAUUUAAUUUCUAUUCCUUUCUUUCUUUCUUUCUUUCUUUCUUUCUAUCUCUCCUCUCGUCCAUCUAUUAACAACCGUUCAUCUACCUUUUCUUUAUGCCAAUUAAUUUUUCUUCCUUUCUUUCUUCCUUCCUUUCUUUCUUCUUUUCUUUCUUUUUCCUUUCUUUUUUCUUUUCUUUCUUUCUUUCUUUCUUCUUUUCUUUCUUUCUUUCUUUCUUUCACUUUACCCCCCUCUCUCUCUGUCAUUUUUACUAAAUACUUGUCUUUUUUAACAGUUUGUUGA